CACUAAAUAGUACAUAACAUAGCACAGCAGCCAGCAGCCACCACAAGACGAUGGAAAUGGUGGGAAACGCGCUUGUUCUACGCUAGUGCUUACGCUUUUUAUCAAUCGCACUGCUAAUCAUUUUUUCGUUUCAUGGAAAAUAUUGUGCGCAUAAUAUUUCGAGAUCGCGGUAUAUCGGACGAAGUUGCAUUCCGACAUCUCGAAAAGUCAACGGUACAAAAUGAAGCCUUUAAUCGAAUUCGAAGAAUGCUUACGAGAUACUCCCAAGUUUCGAUUGUGCAUCGAAGAGGUGGAGAGGAAUGUGGAUCAACUUGAACAAAAGUUAGAUAAGGUAUUAAAAAAUUGUAGUCUAACCAUUGACACGGGGAAAGCCUAUGUUGGACAGCAAAACCAAUUUGCCAAUAGUCUAUGGGAAUUAUCUUUGUACUUUAGCGAUGAUCCAGAAAUAAUGGCAUUUUUAAACAAGCUUAUUCACGCUUUACAAGAAAUGAACAAGUAUCAUACAAUUUUAUUGGAUCAAGCUUCUAGGACUGUGAUGAAGGAUCUUAAUAAUUUUAUUAAACACGAUAUCAAGAGAGCGAAAGAGACUCGGCAUUAUUUUGAAAGAAUUUCUAGUGAUCUUGAUAUUGCAUUGAAUAGGAAUUCUCAAGUACCGAAAUCUCGACCUGUGGAAUAUGAGGAAGCGUCAAAUAUCCUGUCGGCUACUCGAUCGUGUUUUCGGCAUACCGCGUUAGACUAUAUUCACGCAUUGACGAUGCUACAAGCCCACAAACGACACGAAAUAUUAGGCACAUUACUCAGCUAUAUGCACGCAUGUAUUACUUAUUACCACCAAGGUAGCGAUCUUGCUCAAGAUUUAGAUCCUUUUCUGAAAGAUCUCGAUGAAAAUUUAGUUGAGAUGAGAAGCGAUUCGAAUAAACUUGAAAAAGAAAUGGAAAAUCGUCACAUUUACGUUAAUAAUCGAGAUCUGAUUCCUUCUUUACUACCGGGCAAUCCCAAGAUGGAAGGCUAUUUAUUUAAAAGGACCAGUAAUGCUUUUAAAACUUGGAAUAGAAGGUGGUUUUGUUUGAAGGAUCAUCAACUGGUAUACCGAAAACGAACGGGUGACGAAGGAUAUACGAUAAUGGAAGAAGAUUUACGACUAUGCACUGUGAAACCUGUAGUCGAUUGUGACAGAAGGAAUUGUUUUGAAGUUUUAAGUCCGACAAAGAGUCAUAUGCUGCAAGCAGAUAGCGAGGAAACAUAUUUGGCAUGGGUAACUGCGAUGCAGCAAGCUAUCGGUGCUGCUAUUCAAAGAGGUAUGAGUGUAGCUGCCAAUAUUAAUCCAUACGAAUUACAAUCGCGUGAUCGGGGUCCUGCAAGACCAUUGACAAAACUAAAAUCAAGAGUAUGGGAGCAGUUAUUAAAGAUUUCGGGUAAUGAGGUUUGCUGCGACUGUGGCGAUGUUAACCCACGGUGGGCUAGCAUCAAUCUAGGCAUUACACUUUGUAUAGAAUGUUCUGGUGUACAUAGAAGUCUUGGGGUACACUAUAGUAAAGUUCGAUCCUUAACUCUGGAUGAUUGGGAGCCAGAAAUACUUAAAGUGAUGGCGGAAUUGGGCAAUUCCGUGGUAAAUAGCAUAUACGAAGCUCUGCCUAUACCUUCCGACAUUACCAAAGCUACACCAAAAUGCAAUGGUAACGUUCGAGAAGCUUGGAUAAAGUUCAAGUAUGUAGAUCGUAAAUUUGUAAAAUCUUUGACUGAUGUGAUACCAACUGGCCAGCAUCAUACUAGUCGAGAGCAAAUGCGAUUUCGGAAAUGGAGCGUUCGUAAAUUACGUCGCAGACCACGUAGUUGUGAUAAGAUUGAUAAUGGUAAUGCCAAUAAAACAUCAACAUUAUCAUCAGUAAAAGAAAAUCAACCUUCUACGAGCUCGGACGAAAGCAAACGUACGUCAAUCGACAGUUUGAAUUCUGUUGACAAAGCGAAGAAAGCCGAACGAAAUUCCAUGAGCUCAGAUGAUAGUGCCAAUAUGGAUUUGAAAAAUAACUCUACUCUUUACGGAAAGAUCUUAAAUCGCUCGCAGAAUGAUUUGAAUGAUACUAAUAAAUAUGUUAAGAAUACAGUUGCAACUCACAAAGAAGUUGCAAGUGCUGAGUCGCUUACAAAAGAGCUUAGUUUGGUAGAAAGUGAAAUGAGUACAUUAACAGUGAAUAUUAAUACGUUUUCAGUCGGAGAAUCAGACGAUAAUAAUUCCAAUAGAUGUAUCACUCGUAAGGUCAAAGACAAUAAUAAAAAUGUUUCAAGAGAUAAACAACUUGAACCAGACCCAGAGAAGCACCUUAACGAAAAAGUAGAAUCAGCUGUGUUAAUGUUUGGUUGUGAUGUACCAAAACCUGCUAUCGAUGACAAUUUAGAAUUGAGUUCUGAUCAAGAUUCAACGGCUGGCGAAGAUGAAGAGUUUACUGAUGAAGAAGAUAUAGAGAAUCUGCAUCCUGAGAUGCUGCUCUAUAAAGCUGCUACAGCACAUAAUUUACCUGUAAUGUGUGCGGCAUUAGCGGCCGGUGCUGAUAAAUUGUGGUCUAAUGUUAAUGAUAAAAGUCGCAGUGCCUUGCAUCAAGCGAUAAUAAGUGGUUCCGUUAUGUCGUGUGAGUAUCUCCUUUUAAAUGGUGCGCGUAUUAAUUGUCAAGACUCCGAGGGGAAAACACCAUUGCAUUUAGCGACAGAAUUGGGACAUACUGCACAAGUAUGCUUACUUCUUAAACAUCGUGCUAAUCAACACAUUGAGGAUGAAAGUGGAAUAAAACCUUUGUCGAUUGCUGUAAAAGAAGCAAAUGCCGAUAUUGUUACUUUAUUACGACUUGGUCUUUUAAAUGAAGAAAUGAAAGACUCUGAAAUAGGCGUCACCGGUGAUGAAACGUUCAAUGACGUCGUUCGUGAUUUCAGUCAGUUAGCUUGCUCGCAUCCAGAGCGAUUGCAACGCCGAGGUGAAACCACAAAUUCAGCACAUAUGCCUGAAUGAGGCAUAUACAUUCUAGAAUAACUUUACAAAUUUCAACGUAACACACAAAUUUAUAAAUAAAUAUUUUACAUAUCAUAAGUUACAAAAACGCGCACUCUGCUUUUUUAAUUGUUGCAGAGCAUCGAUUGAUUAUCGUAUUAAUGUAAGUAAAAACUGACCGUGAAAUCGUUACACACGGAAAAUGAUCGAGUAUCAUUUGUUUAUAUUUGUUUCGAAAACUAAACUAUUAUAAUUCUAAUCAAUUGUAAUAUCCGAAAUAAUUCGAUUAUACCUUUUUAGCUCUUGAUAUAUUUUAUUUUUAUAAAAUUGAUAAAGAUGAUUAAUUCGAGCUACAAAGACAACUUUUUACUCAUUGAAUAAUAUAAGGUUCUAGUGAUUUAUAUCAAAUGAAUAUACAUAGAAUUACACACACACACACACACACACACACACACACACACACACA